CUGACAGUCACAUGACUCACACCCUACAGGGAGGGGAAAGAGGAGAAGGACAGGACCCAGAUACAAUGUAACAGUCUGUCUGCAGGCGUCAUGGAGCUCAGGUUGUCUUCUCUACUUCUCCUCUUUGUCCAACUCAACAUUGUAACUUGCGGGGUCUUUCCAGAGCCGGACCAGAGUCUCAGGGUCCCUCAAGGAUGGCUGCCUGUAGGGCGUCUCUCCAGCAAUGACUCCAUUGUCCUGACCUUUGCUCUGAAGCAGCAGAAUGUAGAUAAGUUGGAGGAUCUGGUGAGGAGAGUGUCCGAUCCUGACUCCCCCCAUUAUGGUCAGUUCCUGUCCCUGGAGACUCUCCAGUCCCUUGUGCAGCCAUCAGGUGAUACCCUAAGGACAGUGAAGACCUGGCUGGAGAAGCACGAAAUCCUAAACUGUGAUAGCAUUGUGACUGGAGACUUCUUGCAGUGCCAAACAGAUGCCAGAUCUGCGGAGAAGCUGCUGCCCGGAUCCCAAUUUAUCCGAUACAUGAAGGGAGAGAAAAGUGUCAUCAGAUCUAGUUCCUUAUACUCGCUGGAUCCCAAUGUGGCUGCACACAUUGACUUUGUUGGGGGACUUCACCGCUUUCCACAAGAUCAGAAAGUACUGAGACGAGUGAAGGGCAAGCAGGAUGAAGUGGCUGCUGAAUUUCACUUGGGAGUCACCCCAUCCAUUUUACGUCAAAGAUACAACCUGUCCACCAGUGAUAUCGGGACACAUCCGAACAACAGCCAGGCCUGUGCUCAGUUUUUAGAGCAGUAUUUCCAUCCUGAUGACCUCUCGGAGUUCAUGAGCCUGUUUGGAAAAAGUUUUGAACAUCGCUUGGAGGUGGAUCAUGUUGUUGGCCAGCAGGGAGGAGGACGGGCUGGUCUAGAGGCCAGCUUGGAUGUUGAGUACAUCAUGAGUAUGGGGGCCAACAUUUCAACCUGGGUGUUCAGCAAUCCCGGCCGCCACGAGUCUCAGGAGCCCUUCCUAGACUGGAUGUUAUUGUUGAGCAACAUGUCCUCUGUCCCUUGGGUCCAUACUAUCAGCUAUGGUGAUGAUGAAGACAGUCUGUCUGUGGCUUUUAUGCAAAGAAUUAACGUGGAGUUCAUGAAGGCAGCAGCUCGGGGCCUCACAAUCCUGUUUGCAUCAGGUGAUGAUGGAGCCGGUUGCAGACAAAUUUCCAAAGACAGAAAUGUCUUCCGUCCUAGCUUCCCAGCCUCCAGCCCUUAUGUGACUACGGUUGGUGGGACUUCUUUUAAGAAUCCAUUCCAGGUUACAUAUGAAGUGACAGAUUACAUCAGUGGGGGAGGAUUCAGCAAUGUUUUUCCAAUGCCUGACUACCAGGUUUCUGCAGUAUCAAAGUAUUUCACAUCCUCAGUGAAGAUGCCACCAGAAAGUUACUACAACGGCAGCGGACGGGCCUAUCCUGAUGUGGCAGCUUUGUCUGAUAACUACUGGGUGGUGACAAAUCGUGUCCCGAUCCCUUGGGUGUCAGGAACCUCAGCUUCCACUCCUGUGUUUGGUGGGAUUCUUUCUCUAAUUAACGACCAGCGGAUAAAGAGAGGUCUCUCGCCUUUGGGUUUCCUAAAUCCAGCACUGUAUCGUCUACGUGGGAAUGGCACCGGUGCCUUGUAUGAUGUCACAGAAGGAUGCCACAUCGCUUGCUUCGAUGACCAGGUUCUAGCACAAGGAUUCUGUGCAGCGCCCAACUGGGACCCAGUGACUGGCUGGGGGACACCGAACUAUCCGGAACUACUGAAGUCAUUACUGUGAUAUCACUUCUAGAGCUAGGACCUCCAGGUGGACUCCUGACA